UAUAUGCUUCCACUAGGUGAAAUUAUUCAUAAACAUGGCAUAAAAUUUCACUGCUAUGCAGAUGACACACAACUGUAUAUAUCAGCCAAACCAAAUGAUACUGACACAAUCAGUAAGAUAGAAGAUUGUGUAAACGACAUUAAAAACUGGAUGUCGUGUAAUUUUCUUUUACUUAAUUCAGAUAAAACUGAGGUUUUACUUGUUGGCUCUAAAGCUGCAAGAGACAAGUUGUCUAACCUGGUGCUAAACCUAAACACUUUCUCUGUUACUCCCAGCCCAGAUGUAAAAAACUUGGGUGUCACACUAGAUUCAGAUCUUUCAUUUGAUACACACAUUAAUAAUAUUACUAGAGUUGCUUUCUAUCAUUUGCGUAAUAUCUCUAAAAUAAGAAAUGUACUAUCUGUUAAUGACGCCGAAAAACUGAUCCAUGCGUUUAUAACUUCUCGGUUAGAUUAUUGUAAUGCUCUUCUAACUGGAUGCUCUGGUAGAUCCAUACACAAACUCCAGUUAGUUCAAAAUGCAGCAGCUCGAGUGCUAACUAGAACUAAAAAAUCUGAUCAUAUUAGUCCUGUUCUAUCAUCUCUACACUGGCUGCCAGUUAAAUUCCGCAUUGAUUACAAAAUACUUUUACUAACCUAUAAAGCGCUACAUGGUCUGGCUCCACAGUAUCUGAGUGAACUUAUUAAUCACUACAGCCCAGCGCGUCCACUUCAUUCACAAGAUGCAGGGUUACUUAUAGUUCCUAAAAUUAAAAAGACCACAGCUGGUGGAAGAGCAUUUUCUUACAAAGCUCCACAACUCUGGAAUAAUCUUCCUGCCUCUAUUCGGGAUUCGGACACAGUCUCAAUGUUUAAGUCUAGACUGAAAACAUAUUUAUUUUCUCAGGGUUUAGUUGGCAUGGUUAUGUAUGGAAGCAGAAGAGAAGAAAAUAGCUCACCAAUAGACACUGAGAAAGAGGUUCGUUUUCAGAAGCUGGAACUGGGUGCAUUAAAGGUUGCACCACAUUUUUCCUAUAAAUUGGUGAUUGCUUGUGUCUCUGAGCUGGUUCCUACUACUGCGGAACCUCCCAAACCAGGAGCACUGCUGUAA